AAAGAGGAUUUUCCCUGUGAAUAUUUUUCGUAGUGUAUUUAAACAUCAACUAAUUUGUACAUUAAGUGCUGUUUAAAAAUUAAAAACUUCGUGUUGAAAAUUCACUAAUGCAAUGGCGACGUCCAGCGAUACUUCAGACCAAAAUGUGAAAUCCAGGCGUCCAGCUGAAUCUGCUUUCAAGCAGCAGCGUUUACCUGCCUGGCAACCUAUUCUGACUGCUGGAACUGUUUUGCCAACUUUCUUUGUAAUAGGAAUCGCCUUCAUUCCUGUUGGAAUAGGACUAUUGUAUUUCUCAGAUGAGGUCAAAGAAAAGGUGAUAGACUAUACAGAUUGUGUAAAAGAAGAUGAGAACAUAUCUUGCGCAGAAUACAUAAAACAAAACUUUUUGGCACCAUGCACUUGUAGAUUGGACUUCAAUUUAACUGAGGAUUUUAAGGGUGAUGUGUACUUUUACUAUGGGCUGAGCAAUUACUAUCAAAAUCACCGUAGAUAUGUAAAAUCAAGAGAUGAUAAUCAGCUCCUUGGACGUCUGUCAAUGACACCAUCUACAGACUGUCAACCAUUCCAAUUUGUUGAUGAUAAGCCAGUAGCACCAUGUGGAGCGAUAGCUAACUCACUAUUCAAUGAUACACUAACUGUGCAUUCUCUUGAGCUGAACACAGAUGUUCCUGUUUUUCGAACUGGAAUUGCAUGGAGUUCAGAUAAGCAGUUUAAAUUUCGUAAUCCACCUGGUGAUUUGAAAGUUGAAUUUGCAAAUUUCUCCAAACCUGUCAAUUGGCGUGUCAAUGUUUGGGAGCUGGAUCCAGAAAACCCAGAUAACAACGGCUUCCGGAAUGAAGACUUGAUAGUAUGGAUGCGUACGGCGGCAUUGCCUACGUUCCGCAAGCUGUACCGGCGCGUGGACCACAGCAAGGAUGGCUUCUCCAAAGGACUCACUAAGGGCCCAUACGUUCUCACCGUUGCAUACAAUUACCCGGUGACAGACUUUGACGGAAGGAAGACCUUCAUUAUAUCCACUACGUCUCUACUUGGAGGCAAGAAUCCGUUCCUGGGCGUAGCAUACGUUGUUGUCGGUACCCUAUGCUUACUGCUUGGCAUCGUCCUAUUGGUUAUACAUGUUCGUUGCUCUAAGAGCACAACCGAAAUGAUCAACGUGAAUCCUCGUACGCCAUACUCUUAAACAUCGGAUCUAUAAACGAACAAAAAUCAUUGAGAUAUUAUUAAUUUAUAGAUAUUUAAUAAUGUUAUUUGUGUUAAAUCUAAUUGCAAAUAAUCAGUCAAAAACACAAAUGUCAGAAUUCUUCUAUUGAUAUUAAAUCUUACUAUCUUAAAAUUAGAGUUGAAUAUAAUUCAGGAAUUUUGAUAUUUGUGUGAACUAGAUGCGCCGUUAUGGUCUUUAUAUUUGUUUAUGUACUUAUAAGCUUUGUGUAUAUUACUGGGUUAUGUUUAACGCGUAACCUUGUCUGUAAAAUCGCCAAUUUAUCAAAAAAUAAGGUUUAAAUAUGGCGGACAUAAAAACAUGGCGGAUUAAAAGAUUUAUCUAAAUUAUUCUUGUUGAUUUCUUUAACUUACUUGUUAUUUAAAAAAGUACAUUUAAAAAAAGAACUGUAUAAUUUUAAUUUGUGUUGUGUACGUUGAUCAAAAGUUAAAUUAAAAAUUUGUCUCUAUUUUAACAUUCCAAGAAGCGCACUUCGGUAAAUUGAUAGGGCAAAUUAUAACAACUAAAGAUACUCCCACAGUAGAUAAAAAAUGUUUGAGUAUGUUCCAUAACGUUUUUUACACAUUGAAGCAAAAGUUAUUUAUUGUGUCACACACACCUUACUUUAUAUAACUUCUGUGUGGGAGCGCGAAUUCACAAUAAUAUAUUGCGAUUUGUGCGGAUGAGGCUAACAAAAAAAUAAUGUUGAAACAAUAUUAUAUAAUUUCUUAUAGUACAUAUUUAGUAUUAUUGUUUAUGUAUUUAUAUUGUUCAAAUAGUAUUUUAGUGUUAUGUAGUUUUAAAUUAAGUUUGCUUGCAAAUGUUAUUGUUUAUUAGUAGGAACAAACUGAAGAAGUAAAGAUCUUUUUACAUCUAAUCGAUUUUGAAAUAUUAUAACUAAUUGGGUCAUAAAUAAAGAUUUUUAAAUGUGUAUAAAAUAGUCUACCUAUAUUACCUCUUAUGGUGACGCCCGAUUAGUUCGGAGAAGAGCAAGCGCGAAGCAGAGAGAUAUGAAACAUUUUCAAUAGUAUACUUAAUUCCCAGUCGUAUUUUCUAAAUAAAAAAAAAAACGAAUAAAUAUUUCAUUUUAAAUUGUAAUCUUUAUCAAUUAAUCUGAUUACAUUCUAGGCUUUUUUGGUCCACAGAUCAAACAUGAUUUCAAGGGAGCUUCAUAAAAUACAAUAAAUUCCGAAUAUGUGUUUUGCAAAAAAAAAAUUUCCAAAAAUUUUCGCUAUGUCAAAAUGAAAUGGAAAUUAAAUAUACACUCGACAUGCGUAGCGAGGUGUAGAUUUUUGGUAGCAUUUAUUGUUGUCAAAUACGCGAACGCGGACCACAGUUUGGGAAACAUACGAUUUAUACGAAAUUUAAAUUUGAAAAUCAAAAUAAGAUUAUUUGUACUGUAGCUUUUUAAAUGUACACACGGUCGCACGUGAACAGCGUAAGCAGAUAUUUGUUAGUAGGGAAGUUCAUAUGAAACGCGGUGGGUAGAAAAUCCAUAAUAGAUAGUCUCACGCGCAGCCGUUUGUAAUCUAACCUUUUUUUAAAUACGAAUAGGUGCAUUUCAAAGAUCACAAUAUCUAUUUUUUUAGCUUUUUCUUGUAGCACCUUAGUUUUUUUUUUUUAACGUUAGUGAUGUUGAUGUGAUGUAUAUAUUAACUGCUGUAUAUGUUACGAUCUAUUUUUAACUUAUAAACUAUGCAGUUAAUAUUAAUAUAACAUAUAUAGUGUUAUUAUUUAAGGUUGAUUUUACUUGGUAUAUUUUUAAGUUCCCUAACCUGAAAUGACUUCUUUACUGAUUUUUUUAUAUGUCUAUAGCUUGCACUAAUAAAUUAUUUAGAUUGUAUGAACUAUUUGUGUAGACAAAUAAGUGCCUUGUGUACGUAUUAAAUAAUUUAAAAGGGUAGAUUUUAAUAAUGUAUGAAAUAGAUACUAGUAGUUGAAAUAACGAGCUAAGGUCCACAUCUAAUCUAUUAAUAUAAUUUAUCAUCAUGCCUCAUUUUAUUGGCCGGUAGAUUAAUGACCGGCCAAUGUAAAUUGAACCACUAAAAGGGCCCUGUUUAUUUCCAAAUUCUAACCUCAACGUUAUUGACAUAUUAUAAAAUUUUAAUUCUAUUUAUCAUAUAAUAAUUACUUGGUGUAAAAAGUGCACCGUUUAGGCGUUCUUGAUAUUUAAUAAUUAACGAUCAGUUGCACAAACCUCCAUUAAUGACGUCUUUAAGCUAAUGAAUGACCAAUUUGUAUGGGUAAUGUUGCUUUAAACUGUAUUAAUGGACGUUUGUGCAACUGAUAGUAAAUGCCUUAACAAUGUUUUAAUGAAAACAUUAUAACACGAGUUCUGUUCGAAAAUCCGCCAGAUUUUGGUUGUGCCGACUAUUUUCUAGGGACCUAUCGCCAUCUCUUAGCGCAGUCUCGUUCUAGUCUUAUCGAGCUAUUUGGUACUAUGACCUCCUUAAAGUAAAUUAUUUUAAUA